GGUGCUGCGACAUGGCUGGCAUCUGGAAUAAUGCUGGAGGAGGUGCAAGUUGCACUCCUGAUUGAUGUGAAGAAACUUGGAAGGCGGCCGACUGAUGCUCAGAAGCUGGUGAUAGCUUGGCGCCACGACAGAAUGCAAGGUCAAAUAGAUGAAUUCAUCAGGGUGGCAGUGACAUUUCUUGGCGAUCAACUGGAUGAAUAUGAUCAGUUGGACCUCAUGACCAUGAUGUUGGAUGCUGCAGAACUGGAUUCUGCUGGGUCAUCAUCUGACAAUCCUGAUUGGCCGGACAACAAAGACCGAUAUGAUACACCGGUCAAGUUCACUCCUGAGACCCUGGUGAUUCCACUGCCCUCAAACAUAGGGAUUAAAAGAUGCGCCGAGUGGGGCGUCGCCGACCUGGUGCUCCAAGAAAUAUUAUUGAGAGAAGGUCAAGCCAAUGACGCAUUGCAUGCCAUCAGGGUUAACUUGGCCAACAAGGCUGUUCUCUUCCGCACCAUGGUCCGGUCGGUGAAGUCACAAGCUCGGUCAACUCGUGCAUGGGCCCGGGUGCACUCGGUGGACAAGAUCCUUCACUUAAAUGUACAGAUAUACUCCAAAUGUCACAGCCAACUCAUUCACCUCGGCGCCAAUGACUUACUGGCCAAGUUUUGGCCAUUGGAGAAGGCCGACCUAAAGGCUACUACGGUGGUGGCAGACCCAAAUGCUCGCAGGCAAAGGAAUAGCACGUUGGCGUGGUUCUGGUCCAUUGAUAUUCAAGGAGAUUCCACCAGCAAUGACUGGAUGAAUGAAUGUAUGUAUGCUCAUUGCCUAUGUACCUGUACCUAUCCGAUGUCAAUAUUUUUUGCACUACAGUUUACUGUGUCCAUUGGCUUAGAACGCUGGCACUGUGUGAUAGAUGGGCAGAGGAGCUCCUGCUGGUCGGUCGGGAAAUGA